AUGUUUUCCUCUCUGCUGUGGGAGGUUUCUCCGCCGCACGUGGCGGUCCCACGCCAGCCUCCUCCAUUGGUCUUCCAGCAAUUUCUUCGCCAGUUCUGUCUGAGUGAGGAACACCGCUCGGCAUCUCCCUCUCGAGUUGGUUCCAACUCCGUCACUCGGACUGCUUCGUUUAUCUGGUCAAGUCGACCUAUCUCCUCAUCUUCCUCGGAGUCUUCCUCCGUCUCCAUUUCUUCCGGUUCAACCAGAGUUACCUUCCUUUUCCUUGUCUUCUUAGGCCUCAGCUCGCUCAUUUCCAGUUUUCCUUCUCUCUGGUGGAUUUUUUAUAGUAGACAGGGUCUCCAACCCUCAAUUCUACCACCUUUCUUUCAGCAUUCACCCUUUCAUUUCUUUUCUUCUGGGCCCUCUUUAUUCUUCUUCUGGCCUGUACGAAUAUCUUAUGUUGCUGUUCCAGCAAUAGUUGAUGAUGAUCUUCUCCCAUAUACCUUCUUCGGGGCUUCAAUCUUUUCUUCCAGUUGCUUCGGUAUUCUUGAGAGUAAAUCUGCGCACGUGUUUUCCCUUCCUGCCAAAUACUCUAUCUUACAGUGGUAG